AUGUCCGCACAGUUCCCUCCCUCGUCACCAUUAAUUGGUACAACAGACUUUGACCCAUUCCGUAAAUCAGAACAGGAAAAGCAUCAACAUGAACGGGGACGUAAUGCUGGUUACCCUACUCCCAAUCCAUCUUCAACCACAGGUAGAUCGUCUUCUCCAGCCAGAUAUGAUACUGCUCAUCCAUUUUUCCCCUUGGAUUUGUCAAAGAAGAAGUCUGUUGUUUUCAGCAAUACCAACACCAUCCACAAAUAUGGUGAAACGGUGGCAAUUAAUAGAGAUUUUAAUAUCUUGAAUCCCGAUGAAGCUGUCAUGCGUAUCCCCAUUGCACCCACCACCACAGAGCCUGUUCUUAUUGGUAGAAGCUCAAAAAGUUGUGCUUAUCAUAUUGAAACCAAGGAUAAAUCCGUUUCCAGAGUUCAUUUCCUGAUUAUUGCUGUGCCUCUGUCUCUGACUUCAAAUAGUCAUUUCAUUCUUAAAUGUCUUGGAUAUAAUGGAUGCACCGUUCAAAUCCCAAAGUUUUGCUACGUGACCCAAAUGUCCCGUAACCACUAUUCUAUUGUUGAAGGUACUAAACCAAGUGAUUUAUCUAAAGUUGUCACCAAUAGAAGUAUCAAACUUGACUAUGACCAUACUGAAUUCCAUAUGAAUAGAGGGGAAUCGUUCUCGGUUCCUUUCCUGUUUGAUAAUAUUCUCUUGGAUAUAAGAGGCAAGCUUUUACUUUUGAACCCGGUCGAUGUUGAUGAAGAAUUGACUGAUGAUGAACUUCCUCCAGCAAAGACAGAAGUUGAAGUUUUAUCGUUGACUGGAUCUAGAGCACCUACGUUUGAGAUUCAUGAAGAUAAAUUCAAACAUUCAACUUCUUCCCCCACAUCAGCAUCCAAAGAUACAGAACAAGAUGCUUCCCCAAAGAAGCACACUAUUAUACUGGAACCUUCUACUCCUAAACAACAGCAUUUUAUAGAUCGUUCCUCAAUCGAAAUGGAGCCAAUGACUCCAGUGGCUAACAUUGUUAAAUACCAGGAACCUUCUGUUCCCAUUCAUCCAGAGAUCUUAAAGGAUUCCACUAAUACGCAUUCUUCUAAUCCAAACUCUCCUUAUAAACAAAAGAAGGUCCCCAUGUUUAGAAGAGCACAUAGCGAGGAGCCACUGAACAAAAAACCAACUGAAAUUACCCAAAAGGUUGAAUCACAGGGAGAUCUCGAUAGCAAUAUUGAUGAUAAACAUGAACCUAACAAGAAGAAGAGAAAGCCUAAUCAAUUGGACGAAGCAAUGCUUGUUGACCGUACAGUUCUAAAUGAUGUGGAAGAUAUGAUUGAAAUAGAAAACAUUCUUAUUAAUCAUCUUGCAUUUUCUCGGUUAUCAUCAACUCCCGCUUCAUUUCUUCGUACUAUAAGUAAAUUGACUCAAAACUUAUCCUUAAGACAGAUUAGAGUUGUUUUGCAUGGAAUUGAAUGUAUUGGAGUGAUCUACCGUACGGGCAAAGAUGCUGCUGGGAAACCUUUGGAAGAAGAAUACUACUACGAUUUAGAUAAGGAUCAUGAUACUGAUAGACCAAAGUUGGUAAGGAGUAUUAAGGGUACCAGUGGGUUAAGAAGUUGUAGGAAGACCCAUAAACAAUAUUAUUGGAAGAAACCUGCUCCUAUAAAGAAGUAA